GCAAUACUUUAGAUAAUGCAGCGUGGCCUUCCCUCGGCUGUUUGUGCAGCGUUUCAGCAGGCAUGGGUGGAUUCAUGUCUGGUACUGCCUCCUCCUGGGGUGGGAGGAACUAGCGGGAACAGGCUGAAGGACGUCACUCCCGUUUACCUCCGGAAGGUUUCAGGAACUGCGCAGCGAGGCAGAGCGACCGACCGACCGACAGGCGGGAUUCGGACUUGUGUAGCGGUUCUCAACUUCCAGGUGAAGGUCAAGAUGUCCAUAACCCUGACCAAGACGGGAGGGGUGUCGGUGCUCACCAUGACCUCUGACCCUACCAGUUUCUGUCCUCCACUGUGCCAAAUCUUCAAGGUCCUCUGCUACAGCCCUGCAUGUUGCUCUGUGUCCGAGAAACUGAAAACAGUCGGCGGUAGUUCCCAGUCAGCACUUGGGACUAUCCAGAUUAUGGAUGGGCUGUUCAACAUUGCCCUUGGAGCCAUCCUCUACAGUAGCGGAGGUACUGGGUGGCAAAUGGAUAUGUAUUUUUUUCCUUAUUGGCUUGGUGGUUUGUUCAUUCUUUUUGGCAUCAUGUGCAUCUUGUCAGAGAGGUUCCCCAGUCCCUGCACCGUCUCACUCAACGUGAUGAUGAACCUGGCAGGAGUUCCCUUCGCCAUUGCAGCCAUUGUGUUGUAUGCCGUUAGCUUGGCAGAUGCAGGUGUGUGGUGGAUGUGCAGCAGUGACAGUGACAGCUCGUGGUAUGAACACAGUUAUUGGACGAAUGUGGCUCCUUCCACCACCGACGGGCCGCUUCAGGAGCGAUGCGAGGAGGGCAAAAUGUUGAUCGAGGUGCUGUUGAAGAGCAUCAACAUGUUGCUGAUCAUCAUGGCAGUCCUUCAGCUCUGCAUCCAUAUCAGCUCGCUGGUCCUGGGCUGCAAGACACUAGGAAAGAGUGCACAGAAAGAAAAGCAGCACAUCCAAGAUGCAGAGUACUGCCAACCCCUGCUGGAGGAGGUCACCGCCAACCCCAUCGUUUAAACGAACGCUCUGCUCACGGUACAAACCACUCCUGCAGUCCUCCGUCGUCAUUCCUCCACCGCAGGUGUCAGGGGUUCAUGCCCCACCGGGUUUGCUUAUGAUGAAAAUGUGUGCACUUAGUACGGUACUGCGGCGUGCUCGGUACGAAACGAUGCACCAACCAGCAGUGUUCGCCCAUCUUCAGUACUCUGCAUUGUAAUGGCUUUGCUGUUAUAACACUGUGCCUUUGGUUACCAAGCUCUGUGCUGUGUUUCUAGUCAGGCUGUACAGUCAGUAUGUAUUCCAGCCGACUGCUUUGCUGGGGAAAGCGUGUCAUCUCUUAAUAGUGUGAGAUUGACAGAUGAGGCUGUUUUUACUUUGCCUUCUUUCAGCAAAUAAAAUAUUAUACCAGUAUCUUCUCCUUUGGAAAUAAAGGCAUGCAAUCUAA